UAAAGAAGUGAUACUGUAAUGCAGCGAAAAGAACCGCUUUCGACUCCUAGUGCAGGACGUGGUAGAAGUUUGAUAGCAACUAGAGCAAAUCAACAGCUUCGCAAAAUGCAGGGACCUAAAAGCCAGCUGCCUAGAAGUAACUCAACACCUGCUCAGCAAAACGAUCCUGUACAACCAAGCAGUCCAAACAAAGGUUACGUUCUAAGGAGCUUCUCAUCACCUGAAUCUAAGCAGUCAGGAAGCAGACGAGAUUCUGAUUCUUUAUAUCAUUCGAACUCUCACGAUUCGCGCAGUGAAUUGGAUUCGGAUUUGGAAACUUUUGAACAUUUUGAAGAAUGCUUAUUGGACAUUGAUGCAGACAAUGAAGACAUUUAUGGUCUUUAUCAAAGAAGUCCUGAUAGUGAUGAACCUAAGAAAGUAGUUACGACUCUACUUCCCGGCAGUGGGCUCCAAAGAAUUUCCAUGCGACCAAUAACCUCCAAUAUCUUGAAACCUCAAGGGACUCGAGAGGCGCAGAAAAAGUUUAAAAGGGAAAAUGCGGAAAAUAAAAGGUUUUCCCGCUUGAACUUCCGACCUCUAAUCGUGAAGAUGCCCACCCAGAACAACCUACUGCCGAUGUCCGAUUCAGACUGUUUAGGCAUUGAGGAGUUGCAAACAUCACCACCCCUAGAACUGGAGAGUCUAGAGCUCGAUAGAGAACUGGAUGACGCUGAGGAACUCUUGAAAAGAGGGGCUGCUAUAGCAGUUGAAGAAAGUGAUUCGGAUAUGUGGCAGUGCAAAGCUCGGAAGUCGGAUGACCUGGCGCAAUCGCUAGCCAAGGUGCUGGGGGGGCGACCCCGCACGGAAAGGGGCAAAUGUCCGACAAAGCCGCCAAGUCUAGGUCUGCGAAACGACCCUUACUGCACUGAGGCCGUCCCCGUGGCAGCUAAACGUAAACACCGCGUGAUCAAUAAUAGUGAGGAGUUGCGGCCAGGUGAGGACGGCAGCGUUCUCUCAGCGACCGCUCGCACGGAGCGGCCACUGGUUCGGACGGGUGCCCAGGAGGAGUUUUUGCGUCAAAAAUACCGGGGCGGGUGGGCGCCACGACGCGACGCCGGGGACUCGCGACGCUCAUUCCGCGAGCCGGCGCCGACGCCGACGCGCCUCGAACGACCGACCGAUCCGACUCCCGCCGACCGAGCAAUCGCGAUAUGA